GUUAGUAGUAGUAUGGGUCUCUGGGGGGGCUACGCCGACGAUUAGCACUCCACUAUUUUCGUUUCAAGGUAAAGCGGUCAGUGACUGCAGAAUAACAAACAUAGGUAAGCCUCGCAACCUUUACGCCUCUCCUUUAACGUUCUAUCAAUCUUUUCAGCCAGUCUCGGGACAGCGUCACAAGUCGUUGCCGUAUCUGCAAGCGUCUAUUUCGAUGUACGGUAGCUCUGGCACCAAGUCUACUCGGCCCCCUCCUUUCAUAAUGCAAUGAUGGUGCUGCAGUGCUCUCGCUACAUCCAGAAGCUCGCGAUUCUAAGCAUCCUCUCGCUGUGUACUAGCCUACUCUAUUUUCAUCAGUCCUCUAUUCCGUAUCUCCAGCACCAAAAGUCUCCGGUUCCUAGCAAGAACUAUGCAGCUGAGGCUUUCGGGAGCUACUCUCUCAAGCCGCUUGUCUACAUAUUCCCACAGUACUACGUUUUUGAGGACAACAACAGAUUGCACGGAGAGAACUUUACCGAAUGGGUCAAUGUCAAAAAGGUGACACAUAACUCCUUUGGACUAGAAACACUUAGACCACAUGAGUCAAUCGGUUUUUACAAUGGCCUCGAAUUCCGUACUAGGGAGCGCCAGGGCCGUUUUCUUCGCGAGCACGGCUUUUACGGCGCAGUCUUUCACCACUAUUGGUUUGCUGGUCGCCCGGUGAUGGAGCAUGUAAUUCAAAAAAUGGUAGAAGACGGCGAGCCCAAUAUUCCUUUCAUGCUGAGCUGGGCGAAUGAGCCAUGGUCUGCCAGGUGGGAUGGAUCAGGAGGCAAUGGCAAAGUCUUGAUUGCACAAGACUAUGGCUUACACGUUGCUUGGAGAAAGCAUUUCGAAUGGCUUCUGCCUUUUUUCAGACAUCCGCAGUAUAUUCGAUCGAAUGGGAAGGUUCAGUUUGUGGUGUACAACCCAGCACACAUCGGCCACAUUGGCCCCAAGAUGUUCGCCGCAUUCCGGCAGUGGGCCAUUGAGGAAGGUCUCGGCGGUAUGGACAUCAUAGAGACACGCUGGGGGGAGGGAAGUGACAGGAUCCCAGAUGCUUGGGUCGGACACCCGCCAGAUGCUGUUAACGAGUUUGCGCCUCAUGCUGGUGGGCGUGAUCAUGCAUUAUUUUCGUCCUUGAAAAAAUUGGCACGAGUUUAUCAUCGAGGGACAUUGGCAUGUUGGGACACUACUCCUAGACAUCCCACCGAUCACUUAGCAGUGGCACUACCGACUUGUCAUCCCAGGACAUGGCAAAACCACCUCGUUGAGAUGUUUCGGAAGAUAAAAGCAGAACCAAAUCCGAUGGGCUCGGAGAAUUUCUUCUUCGUAAAUGCAUUGAACGAGUGGGGUGAGGGCAACGCCAUUGAGCCUAGCGCUCAGUUUGGCGACGGAUAUGGCAUCGCUAUGAAGAACGCUUUAAAGAUCUCACAGAAGGAGCACGUAUGGGCAGACAUCUCCACUGAAAUGAGCCUUGCGCGCGACAAGGAAGCUUCCAUUAUCCCGGAAAGGAAGCCAGAUAUUUGUGUGCUUAUUCGUGCCUCUCCCGCCAAUGCAGAGGAUCGUCUUUUUAGACUAUCAGCCACUCUGCGAUCUCUCCAAGCACAGCACAACCCGAGUUGGAGAGCUUUGGUAUACCAGUCAGAUAGAGUUAUGUUCCCCGAGCUUGGCCUGUUGGUAACAGAAGCUCUUGAUGCCCGAGUUAUACACGUUGAGAUACCCAAGGAUAUCGUCAUCCCAACUCAGGACGGAAAAGAUGAAAGCUUUUUGGCAACAGACUGGGUGAUUCGGAGCAUGGCAGCUUCAGAUCCUGGCUGUGCAACUGCAAAGUAUUUGCUCGUUACCACAGGCUCAACCACCUACGAGCCGAGUGCCUUUGAUUCCCUUUCCCAAUACCAGGAUCUAGUAGGCCUGAAUGUAGAGUCCCGACGACGUGUUUGGGAUCAUCCCCAAUUGCAACAAAAGUCUUGGGACAGUCGUUGCUCACAAUUACAAAAUGUAAGAAGUCGGAUUCCCCACCACCUUUACCAGUCACUAUCUGACCAAUGUGCAGCUGGGCUCGGAACUGUGCACUCCUUCGGCACCGACACCGUUGAAUUUCGAUCUUUCUGCGACUCUAUUCAAUCUGUAUGUGGUAUUCUGCUCUGCUAUAUGGAUUCCGUUAUCGCUCGUGUACUAUGCUGCACACUUCCGUACGCACUGGAAGCGGCGAUAUUUGCUAACACUUGGAUCACCCAGAGAUAAAUUCCUGGUCGAAAAUCAUUCACUGGACCGAGUUUUCCAUGAUUUCCAGCACCCACAGGACGGGUCAUUCGCCGAAUAUCUCGUGAAACAACGCAAUUGGAGCUUCACUCUCCCUCAAGGGAGGGAAUGCCAUGUGCGACAUAAUCCAGCAUAUACUUACUGCCUGAAGACCGGUAAUUUCUGGUUUGACUCGCCCAUCUACGGGGAAGUGGGAUGCUACUCCACAACAAGCCUGUUGCAUUUGUUUGAGAAACGAAGCCCAAAUCUCGAAGUGUUAGAUCUUGAGUUCUUCAGGAAGAACGGGUAUUGCGUGAGGUACAAGGAAGCGGAAUACGUGAGGAUGCUAGCGAUGUCUGGCAAUGUGUAAUCUCCCCGGCACUGUUCAAGUACAGCAACCUCCCGUCGGGCUUGGCAGAUGGAUUGGUCAUAUCAGUGUUGGAUUUUGUACGCAAUUGCCCUUGGUUGCAACACAUCGACAGUGUCUCGAUGGUCGAUGAGACAGCCCUCAAUCAAACCGCGAAAAACGACAGGACCGCACUUGGCUGUACACGUAUGAACUGUGCUAUUACAAGUCGAGCCUGUGCUAAAGAGUAAUUGGACCACGAAUCAGCGGCUACCAAACAGCGAUGAUGUUUUUCCAAACAGAAAAAGGGCAUAUGCAAUAACAUAUGCGCUGCAUUAUUGCUUACGUAGCCUACGGGUUACACCCUCAUUCGCAAAGCAGCCACACAGAUGAGACUUAAUGUGUUUAUGGAAAGACUGCGUUAACGAGUCUGAGCGAGUGCCACAUAGAUCGUAGCCACCAAGAUUAGCCGCUAUGGGGCAGAGGAGAACUAUGAAAAAUAAUAGAACUAUCUGCAAUCCAGGUAUAUAUCUUCAUACUCCUGUCACCUUUCUUCUUUUUCUGACGAACGAGUCUGCUGCCGACAGAGCCACUCUCAACCCCAGGCCACCUACACCAAGUUGGACCAGACAAACUGUCGUUCUGUUCCUCUCGGCCUAUGGCGCAACAGCGUUGCUGAUGGUAUGAAGCAGGCUGGCCAGUCGUAUCCUCUACUGGCCGACUGAGAUACUCCUGCCUGCUGCAUAGCCGCAUUUGAUCAUUGCACUUGCCAGCUGUGGAAGCCUGAUGUGGCUGACCCUAGGCUGAAUGACUAUCCGAUCCCACGGGAAACAUCGCUUCUGCCUUUAUUGUCGUUUCUCUACUGAUUGUUAUCAUGACAUUCGGCCGCCUUUGUAAGCUGCUCCAUGGCGUAAACUCUAGCGCCACGCACUUUGCAGUCUUGAAGAGACUCAUUUCACGGUUUCGUGCUGUUAGGCGGGAGUAGAUGUUCUGGAUUGGAUGGAAAGAAGACUGGAGAGUGUACCGUGGACUGUAGUUUGGAGGAAACGUUGUUUCAAUGACAUAAGAAUAGGAUGCGAGUUUAACGAAGCUUAACAUAUACCUACAAGCCCUCCCAAGAAGAUGAGUCUUCCAAGAAAACAACAUGCAGCUCGUUUACUCUCCCGACUCAGGUUCAGCCAAGCGAAUGCCUCAUUGCCCUUCGUUCGAUCUGAGUUGUGCCUCUUUGCUUCCAUGGAUUAAAUUUAAACCAUGGUU